AUGAGCGUCCAGACCCCACCCAGGCUCCUGGACCUGGCGGGACAGAGCCUGCUGAGGGACCAGGCCUUGGCCGUCGCGGCUCUGGAGCAUCUGCCCGCUGAACUCUUCCCACCGCUGUUCAUGCAGGCCUUCUUUGGGAGACACAGAGAGACCCUGACGGCGAUGGUGCAUGCCUGGCCCUUCGCCUGCCUCCCUCUGGGGGGUCUGAUGCAGAUGCCUCAGCGCGGGACCCUCCAAGCUACGUUCGAUGGGCUUGACAUCCUGCUUGCCCAGAAGGUUCGCCCCAGGAGGUGGAAACUGCAGGUGCUGGAUUUGCGCAACACCAACCAAUGCUUCUGGAGCAUGUGGUCUGGGGCCCGCACCCAGGUGCACCCACGGACCAGACCGGCGGCCGCGCGUGGUUCGGGGAUGCGGCAGCCCGCGGCCCCCUUGGAGGUGCUCGUAGACCUUUGCCUCAGCAGCAGGAUCCGGGAUCGAUUCUUCCCCGACCUCAUCCGGUGGGCCAAGCAGAGAGAAGGUUUACUCCACCUGUGCUGUCAGACGCUGAAGAUUUUUGAGGUGCCCAUCAAGGCUAUUAAGGCCCUGGCGCUGGUGCGGCUGGACUGCAUCCAGGAGGUGGAAGUGAAUUGCCCCUGGAGCCUGUCCGCGCUGGGGGUGUUUGCUCCUUACCUGGGUCAGAUGAGUAACGUGCGGAGACUCUCCCUGUCGCACAUCCACAUGCCGGCCUCUGAGGCGGAGGAGUGGGAGCUCCGCAUUUCCCAGUUCACCUCUCAGUUCCUUUGGCUGCCGCACCUGCGGAAGCUCUACCUGGAAUCUCCCGCCUUCCUCACAGGCCGUCUGGACCAGAUGCUCAGGUGCCUGCAGACCUGCCUGGAGACCCUCUCCAUCACCAAUUGCGUGCUCACGGAAUUGGACUUGAUGCACCUGUCCCUGUGCCCGAAUCUCGGUCAGCUCAAGGACCUGGAUCUGAGCGGCGUCUGCCUGACCGGGUUCAAUCCCGAGCCCCUCCGAGCGCUGCUGGAGGACGUCGCGGCCACGCUCCAGCACCUGGACUUAGUUUACUGCGGGAUCAGGGACUCCCAUGUCAAGGCCAUCGUGCCUGUCCUGAGUCGCUGCCGCCAGCUCAGGGCCCUCAGCCUGUCUGGGAACCUGCUGUCCCUGGCUGCCCUGGAGGAGCUCCUGCGCCACACAGCCGGGCUGCGCAGUCUAAGCCAUGAGCUGUACCCGCCCCCUCUGGAGAGCUACAGCGCCCAAGGGGUGCUCGAGCCGGGGAGGCUUGCCCAGGUCCGGGACGCACUGACAGGGAUUCUGAGGGACUUAGGACAGCCCAGGACCAUCUGGCUUAGCACCAGCCCCUGUCCUCGUUGUGGCCAGAAGGUAUUCUAUGAUGUGGAGCCCAUUCUGUUCUCCUGCAAUAACCCUGCUUAA